UAAAAGAGUGUAUGUUACGAGAAAUCCCCCGCCUAGCUUCUCCCCUGGGAUAACGCAAUGUCAUAAAAGCGAAAAGAGAGACUGGAUGCAAAUCGUCGCUGAUGGACGCGAGAAAACGAUUUCACUUUUGCUUCUGAAGACGCAUUCAGAAUCUUUCAGCCGAUUUUGCGAUGCAUCCCAACUUAAAUGCAGGACUAUGUUUUAUUUUCUCAAGUACCUUUAUGCCAGGAGCAUAAGAUACGGUUUUGAUUGGCACAAAACACCUGAGACUCCUGCGAGGUUGGCACGAACUGCGCGUAUUACCGCCAAUGCGUCUCUCUUUCACACUAAAUCUGAACAGAGAGCGGGUUAUUGCUUUCUUCCUCUACAAUGUCAGAUCAGCCGGUAACUUUACCCCUCUGCAGGCGACUGACGUACGCCGUGGGUCACUUCUUCAACGAUCUCUGCGCGUCUAUGUGGUUUACUUAUUUACUGGUCUACUAUCAUUCGGUUCUCGGUUUCAAGGACACAAACGCAGGUGUGCUGCUGCUGGUCGGACAGAUCACGGAUGGGAUUUGCACUCCUUUCAUCGGCUACGAAUCCGAUCGGACGUCACGAUGUGCGACGUAUGGGAAAAGAAAGACAUGGCAUUUAGUUGGAACAUUAAGUGUGUUUGCGUCUUUCCCCUUGAUAUUCAACCCCUGUUUUGGAUGCGAUGAGAACACCCCGCAGACAGAAGCUCUCAUUUAUGCCGUCCCGUUUGUUAUCAUUUUCCAGUUUGGCUGGGCUGCCACUCAAAUAUCCCACCUGUCACUCAUCCCCGAGCUGGUCAAGUGUGAGCACGCCAAAGUGGAACUCACAUCAUACAGGUAUGCUUUUACCGUUAUGGCAAAUAUCACUGUAUACGGUGUGGCGUGGCUCUUAUUCCACCUCCAGCAAGAUAUACAAGACCCAUCUGUCUCUCAGAAUCUGGGCUGGGCUGAUGUUCCUACAUUCAGAUAUUUGGCUCUGAUUGUUUGGGGCAUUGGUACGGUUUUCGCCAUCAUCUUUCACCUGGGCACUAAAGAGAGAGUCCAGCCUCAGGACAGUGAAGCAGAAGUUGGGGAGUAUGAGCCUUUAAUCCCACAUUUAUCUGCGGCUUCUGAACCUCUGCUCCAAUGGAAGGAUUGGCUUUUUGAGCCUGCUUUCUACCAGGUUGCCAUUCUAUAUAUGUGCACAAGACUGAUUGUAAAUUUGUCCCAAACGUAUAUCCCUAUGUAUUUGACAAACUCUCUAUCUCUGCCAAAGAAAUAUAUUGCAACUAUCCCCCUGGUGAUGUUUUUCAGUGGGUUUGUGUCUUCUCUGGUUAUGAAGUCUGUUAACAAACGGAUCGGCACGUCUAUGACCUAUUUUGUAGGUCUCUUACCGAUCAUGGUGUUUUCAUACUGGGUGUUGAUGGAUGUGAACAUGGGUCCUCGGGUGUACGGAGCGGCCGUUCUGCUGGGGGCUGGGUCCGCUGUCAUUCUGGUCAUGUCACUGUCCAUGACUGCCAAUCUCAUUGGGAGUCAAACGCAAAGUGGUGCUUUCGUGUAUGGUGCAAUGAGCUUUACAGAUAAGGUGGCUAAUGGACUUGGAGUUAUGAUUAUACAGACAUUACAUCCAUCUCAUAUGCAUGACUCUGAUGUCAUAGGGUUCUACCACAAUGUGAUGGUGAUUGUUACUGGAGGCGUGGCUGCUCUGGCAGCCCUCUGUCUCUGUACCAUUUUCAUUUGGCCAGUCAGAAUUCGCCAAUGCCUGAUGGGUACACAAGAUGAGACGAACAGCUGUAGGAUCAAUGGAAGACUGAACUGAUGGAUUCAUUCGACAUUCUCCGACAGAUCAGGACUCACUGCAGAGGGAACUUGUGUUCCUUUUGUCACUCACCAGGAAUAAGGAAGUUGAAAAUGCAUUCCACUAUGGUCCCGGGUGCCUGUCUCAACACUUUAGAUAUGCAAUUUCCUACGAAUGUUCCUACGAGUCUUUGUGAGUCAUAUGUGUAAUACGAGCUCAGUUCUGUCACAUGGACAACAAUGUAAACAGACUAACAAUCAUGACACGGUUAUGCUCUUCUUGACUGCUCCCAAACAUCUUUAUAAGAUGCCACCGGAAUUUCUUGGUUACUUGUAGUUUAUUUUUACUGCAGGGACAGUCUACAAUAAUUACAUUGAGAUAAAUACAUUUUAGUCUCUUUUGGGGUUUACACCUGAUACCCUUUGGGUUUUAAGCCCAGAUCCUUACCACCCUACUGUGGCGUGUCUUCAUCUUAUGUACACUAAGUGGAGUAGUAGCCUACUUUUACUAAUACUAAUAUUUACAAUAACUAUGUAAGCACUGUAAAGCUUAUUUGGGAAGUUUUGGAAGUGGCUGCGUUUAAUGUGCUCAAGACGCUUUGUCCUUCUGCAGUGGUUUAGGCUUGGGCUCUUUCUGUAUUUUAGUUAGGUUACUACUUUAAGUUACGCCUCGUUCUGCGUUCUGCGUGGACCAGGAUAAAAUUCUGCACUGACAUUUUGUGUUCAGCUGUUGUGCUUUAAAUAGCAGUUACAGUCAUUAUCCACUAGAGGGAGACACAACAAGAAGAUGAGUGACUAUUGUGAAUUUCAGGAUUGUUUAUGUAGUUUGUAUUUUUUUAAUGACUUAAUUACGCUUGUCAUCAUUUUGAUAUUCAUGUUUAAAAGGAAUUAUAUAUUUUUCUGAA